AUGCAUGCUGAGAAGAAAGAAAGCCACCACCUCGUUGGAGGAGCCCCAGCCGAUCAGGUUAGCCGCUCCCAUUUCAGUACUGGCCCGAGUGCGAAACCAUGUAACCCCGAUGGAGCGCCCAGUAGCGAGGUUGCAUACACCAUGUACGCGUGUUUAGUACAAACACUUCUGAAGUUUUGGGAAAACUUGCAAAAUAUUUCACACGUGUAG